GUUGAGUAGUAACUUAACAUUUGCUUUACAUGCCGUUUACAGUGCUGCAUAUUUCCACAACAAAACCGCAAAUCAAGUGAAAUGGGCGGACAUCACGCUGAACCCUACAAAGUACCACAUCCAUCAAUCUACAAAGUUGAGAAUGUGCCACAGCUGGUUGAAGUAAAGAACGCGCUCGGCCGCCAGGGAUUGUGCGAUCCAUGGCUCAGAAAUGAGGCCUGGCGUUAUGAGAAGAAAGCAUUCGGUACACAUGGCGCCCGCUUGAAUACGUUUUUGUUCCGUGGACUCGGCGUGGGCUUUUGUGCAUUUCUGGUCACCAUUGCUGCAGAAUAUGCAAUGGGUAUAGGUAAAGGACAAGGCGGCCAUGGACAUGGCCAUGGAGACGAGCACGGUCACGACGACAAGAAACACCAUUAGUGCAAGUGAAUUAAGUGAUUGUUUAGUUUAAUAAAACUGCAAACGACAUGCGCUUUGA